CUCCGUAGGAAGUUGGCGCUCUUAAAAAGGGAAUAUCUCAGAACAGCCCAGAGACUGCAGCGUGCAGAGCGUCUGGAAGGAGUGCGUAGACACGUGAGGACCAGAAUCUCACAGCAGAGCCUCCAGGACCAGAGAGACCCAGAGGUGACAUCUAAACCAAGUCUCAGUCCAGUGACACUGAACGCCGCCAAUCCAACGACCUCAGAUAAACUUCAGUGCCCGGGACACACUGAAGGUCCAGCAGAUUCAGAUCAUUUGAGUAGGAGCCAAGUGAUCAGGUUCCUGCUUCCCUCUGAUGCUGCUUGCCCCCAAACCCCAGAUCCCAGCCAUGACGCAGUUAGAGGUCACAGAUCCAGUCCUGCCCUGCGGCUCAGGUCUCGGCGCAGCCGCCUGCUCUGGGAAAGAAGGAGCGCUGAGGUUUGCAGGAUCACUGACAACAGUGAGGAACUACAGGGGCAGAGUGAAAAGAUGGAGAGUGUUAGAACAAUAGCAGAAGAGGAGAAAAUCAAUUCUGAAGAGGCAGAGGUUGUGAAUAAAAGUGAAGAGUUAUUUUCUUCGUCAGAGUCUGAUUCUCCCUCUCUGCUGCUAACACACUGGAAAACACCUGCACACUCUGAAGCAGGUGAUACGGAGGGAAAGGAAAUGCAAGAAGAUGAUGAACAAAGGGAAAAAGAGGAUGAGGCGACUACUGAGGGGAAUGAAGAAUCAGAGUCGACUUCUUUGCUGCUUAAAUGUCAUAACUCUACUGUACACACUGAAGAAAGGGGACGAGAUCCAACGACAAAUGGAGAAAGAAAGGAAGGAGAGGAAGGAGACAAUGGUGAGAAUACUAGAGGCCAGAGAGAAACAACACUCUCUGACGAGAACCAUAAGAAAAAAGAAGAAACUGCAACAGAGAAAAUAGAAAAUGAAAAAAUGCACAAUGACACAAUGGAAAUAAAAGAUGAAAAGAUUGAAGGAGAUGAAAAGAGUGCAGGUCUCUUGGACUCCUGCACUCUAGUGGAAGGACUACUUUUCCCAGUGGAGUACUACGUCCGGACCACAAGGCGUAUGACAUCUUCGCAGAGUCAACCUGACAUGCAGGCCGUCCUCCUGUCCCAGCUGGGCGUGGGACGACAUCGCAGAGGCUGGGGCCGGGGCAGAGGAUCGAACAGGCAAACACACACCAGUGAGUGUUCAGACGUAAACACACAGGAAGAUUUCUCCUCUGUGAAAACUGCAUCGAUAGAUCCUUGUGAGUCUUCACUUGUGUGUACUGUUGAUGCAUCUGCGGAGCUUUCUGCUGACAGCCAGAGUAAAACUCAGAACGGCAUGGAUUCGUCAUCAUCCCCUGCAGUCAGCGCUACUCAUCCAGGAGCAGGGAGGAGGAGCGGUAGGAGAAGAGGUCGGGGCAGAGGAAGAGGUCAAACCCAAAGAUCUUUUAAGUGUUUAGACAUUGUUCAGGCGGAAACUUCAGAGAAUCACAUACCCACCCUCACCCCGCUCUCCACCUACCCUUCGCUCCAUCCCCCUGAUGGACUGAAGCCUCGUCUCACUCCUCAGGAACCUGUUCUUCUGCCAGACAACGAUCAGCCUGUGUCCACCUGCCACAUGGGUACCCAGCCUUCCCCCGGGGCUGAUGGAGCUCAGUGUAGUCCUGCUUCCAGACAUCUGCAGAAGGUCUAUCCCGUGUUUCUGAUGAAAAACACGCCCACACAGAGGAGUCGAAGUGCAUCAAGCUGGCGAUCUCUCCUUUUGCCUUCCUCUCCAUUCGCCCAAACAUCCCUCUUUCCUCUCCCGUCUCCAUCCACCGGCUCACUGGUCAACAACCUGAAGACUUUUGACAUGCACCAAGAUUUUCAUCUCCCUGACGAACAGUUUGCAUCUCUUAAGCUACACAAGCUUCGGCAGGUCGCUCUUGAAUCAGGAGUUGAACAUUUCACAUCCCCCUCUUAUAAUACUCGCAGUAGCAGCCGCCUCCCUCGCUCUCAUCCUUGCUCCAGCACCGAUGACCCAGUGGUGCCACUUCCUCUCCCACUCAGCCUCACCCCGACCAUUGCAAUGGAAGAAAAACCUGCGUGUGUAGACGUCCAGAACCUGCCAACAGAUUCUAAGCUUUUAGACCAGUCCUUAGCUGAAGAGUCAUCCAACCGAGAUAAAACAGGAACUCCUGAAGAACAUCAGACUGAAAACCUCGAUGCAAAGACUCACACCAGCUCAACAGAAUCUGUGCCAGCUCAAGAAUUCCCUACUGACUGUGUAGAUGAAACUAAAAAGCAGGAUACUGUGGAUACUCUCAGCCAGAGCAACACACACACAUCUAUAGACGGCCACGUCAAACCUCAGCCUUACAUGAACUGUGCAGACAGUCCUGCAAGCAAAGUGGAUGGUUUUAUAGUUGAGCAGUCAAAUGAACUAAAAAUAAAACAGCCUGCAUCAGACAAAGACGCAUAUUGUCCUGGUGUAGUCUGUCCUGUGGAGGAUCAGACGUCUACAAACCACCAAAGAGAAGACAGAGCUGUCAUCAAGACUCUGUGCUUUGAUUGUCCACCAGAGGAAACGGCUGAGGAGGCUUCUAACAACGACACUGAAGCUCCAGUGAAGCAUCUGACAUCACCUGCCAAACACAUCACCACCACAAGUCCCCCCAGAGACAGAUCAGUGAUGAACAACAGUCAGAAGUCUUCACCACAUCCCAGUGUCCACUCUCAGCUCCUGUUGAGUCCUCCGCUGACCUCAGCACACUCCCCCAUCACAACUCCUCACCUGCCCUCCUCAGCCCUCCUCUCCAGCCCCAAGCUGCCUUCCCUAGGACUCACCCCUCGCCCUGUUUCCUCCAGCCUCCCCCUGACCUCCUCUCCCUCUGCCCCGGCUCUCACGCCACCUCCUCCUCCUCACAGCCCAGCAUCCCAUGAUCUCUCUUCUCCGGCUCUGUCUCCCUGUCCGUCCAUCACGCCCCUCCUUUCCGGCCAGCCCCUAGCGUCCCGCUCCAGUCAGGACAGGGCUUCAUCAGAACUGUCAGCUGCAGCCCAUCGUCCUCCCAGCGUUGAGCCGGCAACCUUUGCAACUGCAUCCAGCGUCCAGUCACGAGACACAGGCAGGCAUGAGAGAGAGAGAAUGGAGGAGACUGCAGAGCAACAUGUGGUAACAUCCACACACACUCUGAAGGCCCCAGCAGGAGGCUGUCUGGUGGACACGUGCUGUCUGCCUGGACCCUCGGGGGGUUUGUGUGUAGCGGCGGCAGGAAAAUGGGCGGUGUGUUUGUGGAGUCAGACGCCAGCAUCUGAUUGGAACUUAACACACACAUGGACCUUCAAUGACCGGGUGAUCAAUGUGUUUCCUGUCCCCGAUGCUGCUGGGCUGUUGUUUGUGACUUUGGGUCAGCUGGAAAUCAGAAAAGUCAGGUUGCUUUCGUGCUCCAGCCUCACACAGGUGCUGCUGUGUGAGGGGGUUUUCCAGGUUGUUGUGGGCGUGUCCAGGUCCAGAGUGGUUACUUCCUCCCACUCAGCGUCAGGUUCAACCCUGCGGGUGUUUAACGUCUCAGACGACAACAGCACACCGAGCUCUCAGCCUCUUGAGUCUCCUGGUCUGUGUGUCGGGGCCCUCGCUCCGGUGGACGGACUCUCUGAUGCUCUGAUUGGCACAGACGAGGGUGGACGUGUCUUUGUCUGGAACUUGAAGAGCGGCCAGCUGCUGCGUAGGAUCGUCCUUGGAGACGGUUUUUCACACACAGCCUGUCUCAGAGGAUACUCUCACUGUGGCGUGUUGUUUGUCCUGCUACAGCAUCAGCUGCUCAGCUCCCUGGAGGAUGUAGAAAAUGAGGCCAAAGCAAAAGAUGAAAUGUUUUCUGAAGAGGACAGGAAGCGGACCGCCUUGUUCUCCUUGGUCGCCGUUAACGCUCUGAGCGGCAAAUCCGUGCUGGCUACUCGACUGUACCCCCCCGAAGCCUGGUCUGGCAGACUGUGUGAAGCUGAUGUCAACUGCUCCAACGUGGUCGGUCUGAGUCAGAGCGGCUGCGUGUGCGUGUGGGAGCUUGGGCGUCCGGGGGCCUCGAGGAUGGUGUGGGCCCCCGAGAGUGAAGGCUGGCAGCUGGCUCGUUGGGGGGGGCCAGACACGCUGGUGACCGGCCAUCACACAGGAGAUGUCACUGUUCACUGCUACAGGAAAAUAUAGAUUCUCACAAUGACUUUUAUCAAACGCAAACGUCUUUCUGUCCCCGUUUGAAUGUUCACAAAGGUUUUAACUUGGUCUCAGUUAAGAGACGCGUCUGAUGUUUGAGGUUCUGUGGCUUCGUGUACACACGUUUCAGUUUGACUGAGUUCAAGCAGCUGGGUCACAAUGCAGUCAUCGGGCCACAGUUCAGCUCAGAUAUGAGGUUUACUUACUGUAAACUGAACAUUUCCCAUAAGUCAGUGGCCUGUUUGUAAAGCUUUAAAGAUGGAAUGUGUGUUUUCCUUCAGCCUGUGGAAAUUGUUUUUAAAAUGGAAACACUGGAUGUCUCAUCACUGAACCUGUGUGUGUGUGUGAGACAAUGACACUGUGAGUUUCCACUUUUUAUGUCACUGUAACUACAUGUUAUAUUUAAAGAAAAAGUUUUUAUAUAUAAAAUUUAACAUUAAA